ACCAUGCAUGAACACAGCAGACCCAUUGCUUUCGUGCUCCCUAUCGCAGCAGCUAUUUAUAUACCCGGCAUCGGAGAGCAUGUUCAAGGCAGGCGUGGCCAAGGCCAAGUUCAUGGGGAGCAGCAACGGCGUCCUCAAGCGCGCGGCCAAGGUGCUGCAGCGGAGCUUGUCUUGCUCCAGGAGCGAUCACCUCGGCAGCAGCCUACCGGGUCGAAGCCUGAAACUGCAGGAGGCCGAUGCGGCGGCGGUGCCGCAGGACGUGAAGGAGGGCCAGUUUGCGGUGGUGGCGGUGUGGGACGAGCAGCGCCGGAGGUUCGUGGUCUCACUGCGCUGCCUCUCCAACCCGGUGUUCCUGAGGCUGUUGGAGCUGGCGGAGGAGGAGUUCGGCUUCCGGCAUGAGGGCGCCAUCGCCAUCCCCUGCCGGCCCAGCGAGUUAGAGAGAAUUAUUAGAGAGCUACCACAGUGACUGUGACUGAAUCUGUACGAGAACCGUAGCCAUCCAUCUUCCAUGGCUCGGAACUUCAAAUAGUCAUGCCAAUUACUGUAAUCGAUGUGAAUCCUCCAUGAUUUUUUUGUGACGAUGAAUAACUGGUUCAAACAGAUCACGCUGGAGCUUGAAAUCUUCAGCGGAAAAGUCAAACAGAACGGGCAACGCUGUAUAUGAAGUCAGCAGUAGACGUCGAAUCAGUCAACCAGGAGGGGAUCUGUGUAGUUAGUCAACGAUCGUGGGCUUAAGGCGAUGUUGAUUUUUGUGGGUUUUAUACCAAAUUAGCCAUAAUGAUUGUCAUAAA